CUAGGCUGCACUGGCUUUUCAACUGUUCGGAUCUCCAUAAUAUGUGCGUCAGUGUUACGAAAUCCAGGCUAACAUGUGAUGUUGCUCCAAUGUUAGCAAACAAACACGACCAUCUAAAUGGCUGUGAUGUGUCUUCCUUAAACUGCACUCCCUUAAAACUCGUGUAGUAUACGACCGAAAACUGACGCUGUCUGGGUCACAUUUUUACGUGUUUACAACGUCAAACCAACCAAACCCACUGGGUGUGCUAUUCGGUUUUAACAGUGCGACAAAAAGUAAAACUGAAAGUGAGGAAAAGAGAUUGUGCAGGCAACCAGCAAUGGCAAUAAAACCAUCAUUUCUAGAAGAGGAACUCUGCUGUUCUAUAUGCUGUGACACCUUCAAGGACCCCGUUGUUCUACAGUGUAGCCACAGCUUUUGUGCCGAUUGUGUUAAUCGAUGCUGGAAAGAGAAGAGAAGUCGGGAGUGUCCCAUCUGCAGAACGAAGUCCUCUGUUCCCAAGCCUCCGGUUAAUCUGGCUUUAAAGAACAUCGUGGAGUUGUAUUUAAAGCAGAAACCCCAAAGUGAAGAUGAUAAAAAUAAUGAGGUGUGUUGCCGUCUUCACGGAGAGAAACUUCUUCUUUUCUGCGAGGAUGAUGACGAACCUCUUUGUGUUGUGUGUCAGACUUCAAAAAAACACAGAAAUCAUCAGCUCUGUCCGGUGGAAGAGGCUGCUCUCGAUCUGAAGAAAAACCUCAAGAGUACACUGGAUCUCAUUAAACAGAAACUGCAACUGUUCACUGAAGUUAAACAGCAGUUUGAGAGUACUGCAGAACAUAUUCGUGCUCAGGGACACAUCACAGAAGGGCAGAUAAAGGCAGAGUUUGGAAAGCUCCACAAGUUCUUGCAAGAUGAAGAAGGGAUAAGUGUUAGCGCUCUAAGGAAAGAAGUGAAUGAAAAGAGCCAGGCGAUGCAGGAGAAGAUAGAAAGCCUCGAAAAACAGGCCUCCACCCUUUCAGAAAAAAUCACGGCUAUAGAGAAGGUCAUAGGGAGUGAAGACAUCUUGAUUUUAAAGAACUACAAAGAUACCCAGAAAAGAGCCGAAUGCACAUUGGAGGACCCAGAGUUACCCUCCCUGGGGACACUUGUUGAUGUGGCCAAACACCUGGGAAACCUGAAGUUCAGAGUCUGGGAGAAAAUGCUGGGGGCGGUGCAGUACACUCCUGUGAUUCUAGACCCCAACACUGCAGCUCCCUGGCUCUGUCUGUCCGAAGACCUGACCAAUGUGAGAAACACCGGGUUCAGGCUCCAGCUACCCGACAACCUGGAGCGGUUUAACCCCUGCGUAGAUGUGAUGGCCGCGGAAGGGUUCGCCUCGGGGAAACACAGCUGGGAUGUGGAGGUGGGAGACAAGCCAGAGUGGACUAUAGGAGUGGUGAGGGAGUCCAUCAGCAGGAAGGGGGCCAUCACAUGUGACCCAGCGAGCGGGAUCUUUGUGGUGACGCUGAGGGCCGGUGAUGUGUAUGGAGCGGAAGGAGUUGCUCCUCUCGCUCUGAAGAAGAAACCGACGAGGAUCAGGGUGCAGCUGGACUUUGACGUGGGGGAGGUGUCCUUCUUCGACUCCAGCGACAUGUCUCACAUCCACACGUUUUCCGUCUUGCUCGCAGAGAGGCUCUUCCCCUAUUUCUCUCCAUGUGUGAACAUCAAUGGCAGUAACUGUGGAGCUCUGCAGAUUUGCCCGGUGAAAGUGUCUGUAACAAUAGGUCAGCCCCAGUGAUGUCUUUAUUAUGAUGUCAUCCAGCUGUUUGUACCAGUGAUGUCAUCCCAGAAAAUGUUUAUAAUGCAGGUAUAAGAAUUCUGUCUUGAAUAAUAUUCAGCAAUUCGUUUGAAAUAAAUCACAUUUUUACACUGUCUGAAGCAGCGGUCUUACCUCCUGGUGCAUGAGAGCCAGAGGGUGUGCUGGCUUUUGUUUUUAGUCAGCAGUUAAUUGAUCAAUGAAAGCAGUUGAUUACACAGUUAAUGAACUCACCUCACCUGGUUUUUGUGUCUGAAUUGGUUGCUGCUAUUAAGGGGAAAACUAAAACCAGCACACCCUCUGGGUCUGCAGGACCAGGAGAGCUGGUCUAAAGAGGAAAACAAUAUUUUUCUGCAGAUACUGUAUAUGAAGUCUGACUUAAAUAUUAUUCAGUAGUAAUUUCCAAAUAAAUAAUAUUUUUACACUGUCUAA